AUGUAUACCGUUGCACGCAUCAACCAGAACAACGCCGAGUGCAUGUACAACACCGGCGGUAAUGGCUGCCACUACUCCCCACAGACGCUGAAUCUCGACAUCUACACCUGUGGACCCAACUCGACGAACUCCAAGCUCUGGAACCGCACAGGAUACGAGGCGGCGAACGACCCGUGUGAUGUCAUUUUGAAGAGUGACAAUCGCUCGAUCUUCAACAUGCUCUUUGCACCAAGCACGACCACCAUCAACUUGGCAUAUCCACCACAUGCUGCGGCUACUUCUUGA